CUUUCCGGUCGGCGGCAAGAUGGCGGCGGGGCUGGUGGAGUUGCGGCGGUUGCAGUGGCGAUUGGAGGAGCUGGAGCAGCGUGUUGGCGACGGAACCUGCGGGCCGCGCAAGGUGGCGGACGAGCUAGUGAAGGUGCAGGUGGCGCUGAGCAAUAUCGCCGGCAAGAGGGAGAGGAUCAAAAUCCUGUUUAAGAAAAUUGAAGAUGUAAUAAAAUACCUUGACCCUCAGUACAUUGAUAGGAUGGCUGUUCCAGAUGCCAUGAAGUUGCAAUUCAUCUUGGCAGAGGAGCAGGUUAUUCCUUCCCGAGCAGCCCUUCUGGAGCAGGUGAAGAACCUCCAGCCUAUCUUGGAAAGUGCCAGUAUCCAAGCCUCAGACUUGAGGAGAGGGCAGCUAAGCACACAACCUGGUGUGAGUAAACGGUUCCUGACCAUGCAGCCAAACUACAGCGACUCUCUCAAAUCCGCAUACAGCAGCAGGAACAGCGUCAAGAUCUCACUGACAGUGUCAAGAUGCUCCUUGAAGACUACAACAAAAUGACCCUGCUUCUCUCCAAGCAGUUCGUCCAGUGGAAUGAAAUACUGACACGGCUGGAAAUGGCCAAGGAAGCAAAACCUGUGGCAGAGUGAUGGUGGAGCCCAGAGCACAGAGAACCCUGGGGACCCUGCUGGCCUUGUGUCUCUCAGGAGAGGCUGCAGCAGCUUGCACCCUGUUGUCUCGGCAUCUUCCCACUCAUCGUGAGCAUGCUGCGAGUGACAUCGCAGGCUCUCAGGGGCACCCUGGCUCCGUGGCUGCACUGCGUCAGCCCCAAAUUGAAGCCAUGCUACUCCUUAAUAUGCCACUGUUUGCAAAUCUUGCACUUCCAUGAAAUACAUUUUGGUUUGUAACAUAUUUUAAAAAUCCCUUUCUGCUCUUACUGUGGACCAUAGUAAAGUCCUGAAAUGCUAACUGGGUUGUCUCUUCCUCUCCUGGGGGCAGCCAUGGCACAGACUGGCUGUCCAUCCCCGUGUGGUUUUCCCCAAGCAGUGAACUGUGGAGACCUCAUGGCAGCUUGUAGGAGAUUGCUGGUGGCUCCUGGUACAGUGGUUUCAGCCUUGGGCCAAGGGCAAGUAAAUCUCUUCCAGUCCCACAGCCUUCCCUGAGCUGCAGCACGUGUUCUUCCUGCUAUUUCUUUCCAUUCAUGUGAGCUGCCUGUGCCCAGGGGAAUCUGGCCUGAUGAGGCUUUUCCCCCAGGCAGUUCUCCCAUCCCUGCAUUGGGAGGAGGGAGCAGCUCUUGCCUUUGUCCUGCUUACCUGAGUGACUGCUGCAAGCCAGAGCCUGUGGCUGGUCCUUUCUUGUUCAGGGGGGUUGUCUGUGCCCUGCCUGGUUGGGCUAGAACCUAGAGUUUCUCCUAGCAUAAAGGUGGUCUUGAGUUGAGGUCAUGCUUUGGAGAGGGUCCCAAACCCUCCUGCUUGGUUAGAAACAGACCAGCUGUGUGUGAUGUGGGAGCCCUGCAGGAAUGGGGCAGGAUCCUAGCAGGGAAGUCCAGAGGGGCUUGGCUGUCUGUGUGUUCCCACUGUGGGGCCAGUACUCUCACCUGCUCAGCGAGCUCUCCUCUGGGCAAACCAUGGCAGGGCUGUAAGCCUGCAGAAAGCCAUCUAGGUGCCUGGGAAACUCUGCUGGCCCUGGGACUUAAUAUUCCUCCUGGUCAGGUAAUGGGGAGUAGUUUGAGACUGCUUCAGCAACACUAUGAGAACCAAGUUCUUCACACAAAUGCACUCACACGUGUCCUUGCGUGGGUGCACAUGGAGACAGCCGGCAUGGCCGGUGUCAGGGACAGCACGGCGGGGCUGCCCGUGCUGGGAGGGCACUGGGCACCGUCCCGUGGAGCAGCCGCACCGUCUCUUGCCUCCUCCAGCUUCCCAGGCCCGUGGCGGACCGGCAGGGACACCGCUAUGAUGUUAUAGCGCCGGAGUGACGCCAGGUGGGGGCGGUGCGCACCGCCU